GUCGGCGUUUCCCCCACCCCUCCGCUCCAACCAGUACAGUCACAGUCAAGGCCCGUCGUCAGUCGCGCUGCUCUUCGCUCGUGAACAUUUCGUGAACGGACGACAUUGACAGAAGUUGAUUCACGUCAAACCCGCAAUCAUGGCAGACUCCACGGCAGACGCUACUCGUCGACUGAACGUCAAAAAGCAGACUUUGGACGACGCUUACGCCGCUCCAGCCAACUUUUUGGAAAUUGACGUGAUAAAUCCAAUAACUCACGGAGUGGGCAAGAAGCGUUACUCCGACUACGAAGUUAGAAUGCGGACCAACUUACCUGUAUUCAAAGUUAAGGAGUCAAGUGUGCGCAGAAGAUACAGUGAUUUCGAAUGGCUUAGAACAGAACUAGAAAGAGACAGCAAGAUUGUGGUACCUGCAUUACCUGGGAAAGCCUGGAAGAGGCAAAUGCCGUUCCGUGGUGAUGAUGGUCUCUUUGAAGAGGAUUUCAUUGAAGAUCGUAGAAAAGGACUCGAAAUGUUUGUUAAUAAGAUUGCUGGUCAUCCCCUUGCACAAAAUGAGCGAUGCCUACAUAUGUUCCUUCAAGAGCCUGUUAUUGACAAGAAUUAUGUCCCUGGGAAGAUUCGGAACACAUAAGUCUGCCUGUUUAUAAGUGCUUUUGCAUGUACAUUUGUACAGCCACUUUUCAUUAUAGAGAUGACCCGUACUGAUGGCAUAGGUAGUGUUGGUUAAAGCAUGUUGCAUUUGUUACCUUGAUAUGAAUUUCUUUUAUCUUCCUUAGAUAUUAGACUAAAACAUGCCUUUUGUUUGCCUUACUAGACGUUCUGUGUGGCAAUGUCUAUCAAAGUUUAUAAGUUGUUAAGUCUUAAAUGUUGCCGGCUGACAUUUGUUACUUGUUUUCUUUGCUAACCAUCUAAUUGGUGGGUUAUGAAACAGAAAGAAUCUCCUAAAUUUAAGCUGAAUUUGGAGAGGAUGAUUCUUAUUUUAAGUCAUAACAUUAAAUCCUCAGAAAUGUUUUCUUGAAAGGAUUUGCUCCGAGCAUUGUGGCACCAUCUUUAUGGCUUAGAUAUUUCGCAGUCUGGUCAGCAUUGGUAUACACCAGGAAGAAUAACCACUAAGCGAAGACUUUAUGCCAAUCAAUGUGAAUGAAAAGAUAGUUCUAUACGUAAUUCAAUAUCACAAUGUUGUAAACAUUGUCUACUGUAGCUCAUUUUACAUUCAUUUGUUUUGAUCUUUGAAUUCAUCCCCUUUUACUGUGAUGUUCUAAGUAAUAUGAAAUUAUCUCCAAAAGUUUUAGUUAAAUGUAUGUCUUUUAUAUUUUAUGCCUUCUUGUGAAGACUUGUUCUGCUGUAAAAAUGUGUCCAAUUGUAGAAUCAGGAUUAUGAAACUAAUUGGUUUGUUGUUUACUACAGGGUUGUAGUUCACUGAAGUUUGCAUAUAUUUUGUCAGAUAAUUAAAACUCUGCAAGACCAGUUCUUCUCUUUGUGUGUCACUUCACAUUUUUGUUGGUCAGUUCUCUAUCCUGUCAGUCCAUAUGUUACUCUUAGUCAAGUGAUAUCACUGCAUUGUUGUUAGAUUUAUUUUAAGUGAUGGUCUCUAGUUUACAAUGAAAUUUUUAUCCUUUGUUUGGUACUGGCUGGUCGUUAUAUUUCAAGUGGACAUUUGGACCCAUGAGUAAAAUGCAUUUAUUAAGUGUAGAAUUUAUUAGCUAUUUGUGUUUAGUGUAAGUCUUGUAUGUGUGGCUCUGUGCCUGAAUAAAUUUAAUCCUGUUUGUAAAUUUGAAUUGAAAGUUGAUUGAGCUAUCAAAUUAGAAUAAUUUUGCUCUGGAUUUCGGUAGUUCCUUUUUUUUUCUGUCAUUCAUGUACGUCCUAUAAAUUUAUGCAUGAAGCCUUACAUAGUAAAAGCAAGUUUCUAGUA